CCAGCAGAUGGUUCUCUCCAUUCUCCGACAAGGUCUUGAUUGCCUCAUACGCAGGCACGCACUUGGUGUUCCGUCUUCCUUUCUGGUUCCGCACUCCGUUCCUUUUCCACGAGCUGAAGCGUCUACGUGUGGUAUAGAAAGCAUCAGGUGUCAUCUCAGGACCAGCGUUUUCAUGGCGUCAGAAGAGCCGAAAUCAAAGGAGACCGUCGCAUCAGAAGCGCCAAACACUAAGGAUGCUACGGCGUCCGACGUACCGAAAGUAAAAAGCGAUCUAGCGACAGAAGAGUCGCCAUUGAAGAAGUUUAAGGUUGACCAGGAACUGACUCUCCGUGUGAAGAAGCUGUCAGAGACGGCCAUCCUUCCAAGAAGAGGGUCGGCGAGUGCGGCGGGUUAUGAUCUUGCAAGUGCGCAUGACGUCACCGUACCCGCAAGAGGGCAAGCACUCGUCAAGACCGACAUCGCCAUCGCCAUCCCCCUGGGGACCUACGCCCGAGUGGCCCCUCGCUCCGGCCUGGCCCUGAAGCACUCCAUCAACGUGGGAGGAGGCGUCGUGGAUUACGACUACCGGGGAAACGUGGGAGUGAUUCUCUUCAAUCAUUCCGAUAAGGAGUUCCCUGUGAAGGUCGGUGACAGAGUUGCACAGCUGAUUCUGGAGCGGAUAGUCACGCCUGAUGUGGUGGAGGUGGAGGAGUUGGAUGAAACCACACGCGGGGCUGGAGGGUUUGGCUCUACAGGUGGCAGUGACGCUCUGAAACAUAAGUAGAAGACACUAACAGAACUAACGUGGCGUAGGUAGGAGUGAGGGAACAUCCCUAACGGCUGUGUGACUUGCAUGGGCUGGUUUGCUGCAGCACUUUCUGGUCUUAGCGAGCCUGGGUUGCUUGUUUUGUGAGUUGCUGGCAUUUCUGCCAAACUUUCCUAGACACGUUCAUUAUCGCAAGAUUUCUUGCCAGUUUUACGACUGG